CACAUCCAGUAGCUGGAUCCCACAAAUCUCGCCAUUCAGUCUCAUUGCAAUAUUAUCAUUAGAUCGCGCGCAUACUCAACAGCGCGAGUCCUCUGAUCCUUGCCGAAAACGACGACGCAGUCAAUAUUAGAUUUGCUCAACAGAACACUCGAUCAGCCAUUCGUCCCAAUGCAGUGACCUUACCCGAUAACCUCAUCCUCGACAACAUCAUCUGUCGGCGUUGAUGACCUGAAGCAUGUCACGCGACAAUGCAUCCACUCUCCCACUACACAACCCCAGCAAUGUCUCCAGGUCGAGCUCGAGCAAUUCUUUGAGGUUACCGCCAGGCAAUCCGCAGUCACAGCAGGCUGUUGGCCAUCAACGCUCUCCCAGUCGCUUGAAACUACCCGGUCAGCAAACAAUCACUGGCCAGCAUUCCCGCCUGUCGCCACAGGAUGUCGCCGAUCGCCAUCACACAUCCUUGACCCAUGGUCUAUCGCCGCAGGAUGCGAGUGCACGGCUGCAAACUCAAGGACCCAAUGAGCUUCCACAUGACGAGCCAGAUCCGUUAUGGCGGCGAUUUCUGGAUCAGUUCAAAGAGCCAUUGAUUCUCCUACUAUUGGGGAGCGCCUUCAUCUCGGCGGUCAUGCAAAACUAUGAGGACGCGAUAUCUAUCGCCAUUGCUGUGACCAUUGUUGUGUCGGUGGCCUUUGUGCAGGAGUAUCGCAGUGAAAAGAGCCUGGAGGCCUUGAACCAAUUGGUGCCGCACUAUGCGCAUGUCAUCAGGAGCAAUGGAGGCGUGAAGAGUGAAAGUGGUGAAAACGGAAAACUGUCCGGGCCUGGUAUGAGCGACUAUCCCGCCGCUGAACGUGCCAGCACAACUAUCUCUGCCUCGCAGCUCGUGCCGGGCGAUCUUGUUUUGUUUCAUACUGGUGACAGAGUGCCAGCGGAUAUUCGAAUCACGCAUUCAGCAGAUUUGAGUAUAGAUGAGAGCAAUCUCACGGGUGAGAACGAGCCUGUCAGGAAAAGCGAGGAUAUCGCCACUCCCAGCGCUCAGCAGAACGGGGGUGGAUCACCACUCGUUCGAACACUUUCGAAUAAUGGGGAACUUCGGUUGACCGAUCAAACCAACAUCGCAUUUCAGGGAACGCUUGUUCGCUCGGGAUAUGGCCAGGGCAUUGUGAUUGGGACUGGCGGCGAUACGGAAUUCGGAGCCAUCAGUGCUUCUCUGCAGGAGAUCGAGUCUCCACGGACGCCUUUGCAGCAGAGCAUGGAUCGACUCGGCAAGGAUCUCAGCUACAUGUCCUUUGGCGUUAUUGCUGUCAUCGUGCUGAUUGGUCUAUGGCGUGGGAUGAAAUUCCUGGAGUUGUUCCAAAUCGCAGUCUCGCUCGCAGUGGCGGCGAUUCCCGAAGGUCUGCCAAUCAUCGUGACAGUAACGCUGGCGCUCGGUGUGCUUCGUAUGAGCAAGCGCAAUGCCAUUGUCCGCAAGCUUCCAUCUGUGGAAACCCUUGGCUCUGUGAAUAUCAUUUGCUCUGACAAGACCGGUACCCUGACCAUGAAUCAUAUGACAGCAAGCAAAAUGUGGAGUUUUGGAAAUGGUGCCCCGAUGGACGUGCAAACAGUCCGCACAGACGCGCCGAAUGGGCCGACGACACAAGCUGUUCUACGAAGUGCUAACAUUGUCAAUAAUGCGAUCUUAAACUCUAACGAACUUCCUGGAAAAGUCUCCGCUGGUAGUGCUGCAGUUCUGGCGAGUACCGGCGGAGACGAGUCAUCGAGCGGAACUAGUCGCUGGGCUGGGCAGCCUACCGAUGUUGCAUUGCUAGAUCUGCUGGACAAGUUUGGCGAAGACGAUGUUCGCGAGCGAGUCGGCAAGCGGCAGCAGGAGGUGUCCUUCUCGAGUGAGCGCAAAUGGCAGGGAGUGGUCAUUGAAGGUCAAGCAGGCAGUGCUACAGCUUAUAUCAAGGGCGCUCUCGAGCGGGUGAUCACACGUUGCGAUACGUAUCUCACUACACAAGGUGAUGAGAUUGUUCUGGACGAACAGCGGAGGCGAGAAGUCGAACAAGCAGCCAAUGCAAUGGCAGAAGAAGGUCUUCGAGUUCUCGCCUUUGGCUCCGGUAGUGUCCGUCUAGGUUCUAAAGCGGACAGAGGUCGCGCCUCCACCCCCACGACAACUGCCCGUGGAGUCGAGGACACAUACACUGGUCUGACAUUCACUGGUCUUGUCGGAAUGUCAGAUCCCCCUCGGAAAGGCGUUGAUCGUAGCAUUCGCCGGCUCAUGGCAGGCGGCGUCAAGGUUAUCAUGAUCACCGGGGACGCCGAGACUACUGCGGUUGCGAUCGCCAAGAAGCUUGGAAUGCCGAUAAACAUGAACUCGGCACUGGGCUCACCUGUGCUGCGCGGCGAUCAACUGGAUGGCAUGAGCGACGGUGACUUGCAGGCCGCAGUGAACAAUGUCAGCAUUUUUGCCCGCACAAGCCCCGACCACAAGAUGAAGAUCAUCAGAGCACUGCAAGCACGCGGUGAUGUUGUCGCAAUGACCGGCGAUGGUGUUAAUGAUGCACCAGCCUUGAAGAAGGCCGAUAUUGGUAUCAGCAUGGGCAAGUUGGGCACCGACGUGGCCAAGGAAGCCGCCGACAUGAUUCUCACCGACGACGAUUUCAGUACUAUCUUGGCCGCCAUCGAAGAAGGCAAAGGCAUUUUUUACAACAUUCAAAACUUCAUCACUUUCCAGUUAAGCACCAGCGUCGCAGCAUUGGGAAUUGUCAUGAUGAGCAGCUUGGGCGGUUGGAAGAACCCGCUCAAUGCGAUGCAGAUUCUCUGGAUUAAUAUUCUCAUGGAUGGCCCGCCAGCACAAUCCCUUGGUGUAGAACCUGUGGAUCCAGAGUUGCUCUCACUCCCGCCACGCCCUCGAAAUGCCCGUGUCCUCACGCCACGCCUCAUCCGUCGAGUCCUCCAAUCUGCAUCUGUCAUCCUCAUCGGCACACUCUUCACCUACGUCUCAAACUUGACCGCCGAGGACCUCGCCGCACACAGCGUAUCCGACCGGGAUACCACCCUCACAUUCACCCAAUUCGUGCUCUUCGAUAUGUUCAACGCGCUCACCUGUCGAUCCGAAGGCAAAUCUGUCCUCCGCGGCGAGCUACCCCUAUCUUCCGGCAAAGGUGGAAAUAGAAUGUUCAACUACGCUGUUGUGGGUAGCCUGCUCGGUCAGGGUCUGGUCAUAUAUUUCCCACCUCUGCAGAGAGUCUUCCAGACGGAAGCGUUGAGUUUCACUGAUCUUCUGCGUUUGAUACUCAUGGCGAGUACGGUUCUGUGGGUCGAUGAGGGCAGGAAAUGGUACGAACGCCGGCAGAAAGAGAGGAGAGGGUACGGUGGUGGAUAUAGUCGCAGAGUAUAAUAUAAUAUGAUCGACUUGUAUAUUCCUGCCCUGCUUAGCCCCCAUCACGAUCAUGCACUGUAUCGAACCCCCUAUCUUCCUCGUGCGCCCUUUGAGGGCUGUAAGUCCAAGGACUAUCACUUGUGCUGUCUGAAGCCGGCGGAGGUUCGUGGACUGGGUAUUCGUUUCACAAUUGCAGAUGUAGUGCCUCUAGCGGAGAUUCGAGCGAAUGACUACAGAGGUUCAC